AUGAUGUGGCUGUUUGUAAGCAUUGCGUAUUUGAUGUGCAUGAGUGAAAAGUCAGAUGCAAGCCCCGAGGUGUCCAUGGAUGUUGGUGAAAUUGUCCGCUACUACGGGUACCCCUACGAGGCGCAUGAAGUGGUGACGGACGAUGGCUAUUACCUCACCAUGCAGAGGAUUCCUCAUGGCAGAGACAACCCAGGAAGCAUGAGCACCGCCCAUGAAGCAGAGGCACAGGGCUCCAGCAUGUUCUGUCCCCGUCCAAAGCCCGUGGUCCUCCUGCAGCAUGGUCUGGUGUUGGAGGGAAGCAACUGGGUUACCAACUUUCCCAACAGCAGCCUGGGCUUCAUCCUCGCUGAUGCCGGCUAUGAUGUCUGGAUCGGAAACAGCCGGGGGAACAGCUGGUCGCGAAAGCACAAGGAGUUUGAGUUUCACCACCAGCAAUACUCAGCUUACAGCUUUCAUGAGAUGGCUAUGUUUGACCUUCCAGCAACGAUCAACUAUAUUCUUCAGAAAACUGGACAAGAGCAGUUAUACUACGUGGCUUACUCUCAAGGCACCACCACAGGUUUCAUUGCGUUUUCGUCUAUUCCUGAGCUGGAUCGCAAGAUCAAGAUGUUUUUUGCCUUGGCUCCUAUCACCUCAAACUCAAAUAUGAAGUCACCCUUAACAAGGCUGUUUUACCUUCCCGAGGGGCUGGUUAAGCUUAUUUUAGGACCCACGGUGGUCUUCAAUAAGGGUGAGAUCUUGCAGCGAGUGAUUUCCAGUCUGUGCAGCUAUUCCAUCUUUAAAAGCUUUUGCUCCUUGGUUCUUUACUUGCCUGGUGGGUUUACCAACAGCUUAAAUGUGAGCCGCAUAGAUGUCUACCUGUCCCGCUACCCUGACUCAACAUCCCUAAAAACCAUGUUACAUUGGCGUCAG